AUGUCUAAGUAAAGCUCUUUCUUAGCAAAUCCUUUGAAUGAUAGUUCAAAUGAUUUUAAUGCAAAAGGCUAUAUUAGUGAUAAUCAGUCCAAUUCAGGACAAGAUGUAGAUGACUGUCCAAAAAAUCCUUUAGAAUCAGAUAAUGAAGGAAAUGAAUCAGCAGUCUUAUAACAUUUAAUAGAUAAUGAGAAAGAAGAUUCCUCUUCUAGAAGUGAUGGCGCUUCUAACCCAAUGAUGGAAAUGGAUCCUGUCUCUUUAGAGAAUGUAAUCAACUAAAAUUUUGCAUCUAUUGGAUAGCAAUAUCAUGUUUGUUAAACAAUUGUGGAUUGUAAUAAGACGAUUGAAUUGCAAUAGGAUUAGAAUCCUUUAUAUUCUUGUGAUGAAUUGUUAGACCCUAGAUAAAGUAAUAAAGAAAAAUCAAAAGAUAUAAUCAAGAAUUUUGAAAGUUAGCUGCAAUAACUUUAAAAAGAGAACUAGCUAUUGAAAGUUCAACUAAUAGAGAAGGACAUGAAUUUUAGUGAGAAAGCAUAAUUGAAAGAUAAGGAAUUAGCAAAUUUGAAUGAAUUGAAUAAAAAUCUCAAUGCAGAGAAUGUUUAGAUGAAAGGAGAGAUGUAGAAAUACAAAAAUGAAAUUUAGUCUUUAACAUAAAAAAUUAAUUAACUUUAAGCUGAAAAAUUAAAAUAUCAUAGAUCUAAAACAGGAGCUGAAACUACAAGAGGAUAUGAUGUUUAAGUAUUAAUUAAACAAUUUAAGGGAUUGCAAAAAGGUAUCAGUUUAAAUGAUUAAACGAUCACCGCCACUUUGAGUGCUAAUCAUUUAGAAAUAAGGAAGAUUCCAACAACAAGUAUUGAUAUACCAUGUCCUUUUUCCGCAAAAUAGAAGUAAGACUAAAGAAAUCAGUUCGCUUUUAAGAAUGGGAAACCUGAUACUAAUCAUCUAAUAACUGAGCAAUGUGAUACUUAAAGACUGCGGAAGGGACCCAAAAACUAAAGAUCCCUAUAAGAUUUAAUUUACAAAGCAUAAAUAGGGAUUGCAUUUUCGAGACCAAAUAGUAUAAUUGCUAAAUACAUAAUAGCUACUUCCUUGUAAAAGGCUUAAGGUUUAGGGUAACUAUUUUUUGAAAGUAAAUCAGCAAGAAACAAUCAGUAACAGACUUAGUUAGUCCCCAAACAAUGA